AACUUCAACAAUGGAGGCACCCUAUACUGUAUUCCUUAGAACUUAAAACAUGACGAAUUUAAUUAGAUACCGGAGAAACGUGCCAAGAUGCGGUUGGUUUUUUGUACCUUCUUCUGUGCCAGCAGACAGUAUUUUCGAUGAGAAAAGUGCACCAUGCAGUGGCUCACGAUGGAUUCCACAAUAUCGAAAAGGAGAGACGCUGCAGAAAUUGGCCAGCACGUGUGAGGUCUCAUCAUAAACGACAUAACCCAGUCUGAGUGUUACCAAUGUCGGAAUCGCACGCGAUCAUUAUUUUCCCCGUUGUUAAAAUCAUUCGCAGUGCAAUAAAUGUCUCAGAACUCGACGAACAAUGGGAAACGGAAACCUUGUCCGUCUAUAUCUAUGGAUCACUGAUUAAUUGAUCAUUUUAAAGGUUCCGAAUGCAUAAUUGAUAAUACUAUUAACAUUUACUGACUCGCUGAGAAUAUUUCUCUUGACUACAAGACAGAUUUCUGAUCUAAUUGUUGCUAAUCCAGUGUCUUAGGAGAAAUUACUUUUGCCAAUAAAAAUCUCUGAACUUUCCAGUUAA